AUGCCCAACGACGUUCUCUCGAACCUCCCGAACGAAAUAUUGUCUUCGAUUUUUCUCUGUACUCUAGAGAAGGAUUCUAAGCAGAUAUCCGAAGGCUUAUUAGCGGAGGUCGUCAUAUCUCAUGUCAGUAGUCGAUGGCGUGCAGCUGCUCUCGCCCUGCCCGACCUCUGGUCCUCGUUCCGAUUCACAGGAGGCAGCAACUGUCGUACACUUCCUGUCGAUCGCCUGGCUGCGUAUCUAGAGAGAUCAAGCAACCGCCUUCUGGAUUUCUGGUUCGACCUGCGCGAGAUGGAUCACGGCCGUUGGGAAUCGGGAGAACCCAUCGUCCACUUCGUCGUCCAGACCGUCCCCCAUGUUUUCCGUUGGCAUCAAUUCAUCGUACUCCUCGACGGCGUGUACGAAUCUUUUGACUUCUUUGAGGAUUACUUCAAAGACCUACACGCUCCCAACCUUGAAUAUUUCGCUAUAUUCCCCAACCAGCACGAAGAACAGCAGGUCGAGGUGUCAGCAGGCAGUCCCGAAGAUCUCGCACCACAGAUUUUCCUAGGUGGUGCGCCGAAGCUGAGCGCCUUAUUCCUAGACACUUUAGGCUACAGCAUGCGCUGCAUGCCUCCUGCUUCAAACAUAACAACUCUCACUAUCUUGCGAUACGAUAUGGUCGGCGACGUCCUGCACUCCGAUGUCCUCUACGCCAUCCUCGCUCUUCCUCAUAUCGUCAAUCUUGCCCUCGUCGGAGGAAUAUGCGAUGACCCUAUCGAACACCGUGUCGACAUGCCUAACAUGAAGAACCUGCGAUUGGGCGACGACAUCAUCACACCAACGCUUUUGCUAAACCUCUAUGCGCCGCUCCUGGAAGUGCUCACCAUAAGCAAAGUCGACCUGGACUUUACUGAUAACUACCGUCUCCCAGACAUCGAGAUCUCAAAGGAGCCUUUUCCAGCGCUUCACACACUUUCCCUCGUCGACGUCAGCUUUAGAACGUCGAGCUGGGAAAGCCGUCCAAUUCUACGUCAGCUUACCCGCUGCAUCAAGCAUCUCGUCAUUUCACUGAGCUUGGAAUUUGACGAGGAAGAAUGGAUCGAAGAUUAUGGCAGCUAUGAAUGGAACCUCGAGACGGUUUCCUUCAACAUCGAGAAACCCCGGUAUCCAUACUUUUAUCACACGAUGUCCGAGAUUCUCGGCGAGAAAGUCGUCGUUCGACUUCACAAAAAUAUACUCGGCUUAUGGCAACUGGAGGAUCCAGCUAAUGUGGAAAGCCUCGAGAAGGAAUACACUGUGGAGAGGAUGGAAGAAUCAAAUCCUCUGCGUAUAGGAGAUUGGCCAGCAAAGAGCAGCACAUUCGGACCUUUUGGAGAGAUUAACGGCCCUUUUUACCUCGAUAUUUUAUCGAGUAGGCAGACUGGCGAGGUGUCGCACAGCAUUAAAUCCGAUGAAGAGGCGGAUUAA